AUGUCAGCAAUGACAGUCCAAGAAAUCGUUUUUGCUGUCCUGUUUUCUGUUGUUCUGGUCUUCAAUAUAGCAGGAAAUUCUCUCGUUAUUUACAUCAUCACCAAUGGACGAGGAAUGAAAACCUCCACAAACUAUCUGCUGUUAAACUUAGCUGUUGCAGAUAUUUUAUGUGGUGUUUUUCUUACUCCUAAAUUCAUAAUCCAACCUUUCUUUCGUCAUUCCGUGCCAGAUGGAGUUCUUGGUGAGUGGCUGUGUAAACUGCUGUUAUUUUGUAACAUCGCAUGGAUGGCGUCCAGCGCUUCUAUUUUCACUAUGGUUUGUUUAUCAGUUGAACGAUACUUUGCUGUUUGUCGUCCUCACAACUUCCGUCAGCGUUUCUCGCCGAAGAUCGUCAAAGUGCUCGUUAUGGUGUCCUGGAUAUAUGCUGUUGUUGUUGCGUCCCCGACAUUUGUUUUUACCCAUUUCAGCAGAGAAAGUUUUGCUUGCGACAUGAACAUUCCAGGUCAUUCUAUCUUUAUUCUGAUAGAAUCA